AUGACGCCCAACGUCGUCUCUGCCACGCCCGUAGCGGCUGUGGUCGACACAGAGAAGGCGGGAGCUGUCGACGGAAGCUUGAACAUGGACUCUAUCACACGAGAGGCUGCUGCGGCCACGGACGCCGAGCACCAGCUGGGCCUUUGGAAGUCUCUGAAGACCUACCCUAAUGCGAUCCUCUGGUCCAUCGGGCUGUCAACAUGCCUCAUCAUGGAAGGCUUCGACAUGGCGCUGUUAAAUCAGCUCUACGCCUUCCCACCUUUCGUGAAGCGCUUUGGCGAGCCGCUGCCGAACGGAAGCUACGAACUCACUGCUUCCUGGCAGGCCGGCCUGUCCAAUGCAAUUUACGUGGGAGAGAUCGCUGGCCUGUUCGUCAGCGGUAUUAUCUCUGAGAAGUAUGGAUAUCGAAAGACGCUCAUGGGUGCCAUGACUCUUGUGGCUGCAUUCAUCUUUAUCAUCUUCUUCUCGGAAUCUCUUGUCCAGCUCCUCAUCGGCGAGUUCCUGAUCGGUAUCCCUUGGGGAGUCUUCCAGACUCUUACAACGACCUACGCGGCUGACGUCUGCCCUCUCCACCUCCGAGCUUACCUUACAACUUACAACAAUCUGUGCUGGGUGAUUGGUCAACUCAUAGCGGCCGGUGUUAUGGUGGGCAUGCUUGAGCACAUGGAAAAGCUUGGGAUAUGGUCAUACAAGAUCCCAUUUGCAUUGCAGUGGAUGUGGCCACUCCCACUCAUCCUCCUCAUCUUCCUCGCCCCCGAGUCUCCCUACUGGCUGGUACGCAAGGGCAGAUAUGACCAAGCAAGACGCUCUCUCCUCCGCCUUACAUCUCGAAACACGACGGACACGAAGUUCAACAUCGAUAACAAUAUCUCCAUGAUGAUUCAUACCAAUGAGAUGGAAAAGUCUGUAACAGAAGGAACUUCAUACAAGGAUCUUUUCAGAGGUCCAGUCAACCGACGCCGCACUGAGAUCGUCUGUAUGACCUGGGCUAUCCAGACCCUUUGUGGGUCUACUUUUAUCGGCUUCUCGACCUACUUCUACAAGAACGCCGGGAUUCCCGAAAGCCAGGCUUUUAAUAUGACUCUGGCAGGUUAUGGUAUUGGCGCGUUCGGAACCAUCAGCUCCUGGUUCCUGAUGCGCUGGUUCGGACGACGCACAAUGUAUUUCUACGGCCAAGCCAGCAUGUCUCUCUUCCUCCUUGGUAUUGGUCUGGCUGGUAUCAUGGGAACUGGAAACGCCGGUGCAAGCUCGGCCAUCGUUGCGCUGCUGCUUCUCUAUACCCUGACCUACAACGUCACUGUCGGGCCUGUCUGCUACUCGCUCGUCUCCGAAUUGAGCUCCACGCGCUUGCGAAACAAGACAGUGGUCCUUGCCAGAAAUCUGUACAACAUCAUGGGCAUCAUCACGAAUGUAUUGUCCCCCCAGAUGAUGAACCCCACGGCCUGGGGCUGGGGAGCCAAGACUGGUUUCUUCUGGGCUGGCACUUGUGCCCUUUGUGCAGUGUGGACCUUCUUCCGCCUGCCAGAGCCGAAGGACAGGACAUAUGGAGAGUUGGAGGUCUUGUUUGAGCAACGCGUCUCCGCAAGGAAAUUCCAUAAGACCGUGGUAGAUCGCUUUGCAGCACCCAAGGAUGACUCGGUGCUGGGGGACGAGAAGAAAGAAGGCGAGGUCGAAAUCGUUGAGACGGUCUCGCGUCAGUCCUCAUGA